AUGGGACUCCAGACAGAUCUUAUCGAGGACACUACCAAAGUCAUUCAGAACAUUCGGCAGAGGAUAGAAACUGUUCAGAGUCGGCAGAAGAGCUAUGCGGUUGUGCACCGUGGACCACUAGAAUUUGAUGUUGGGGACACAGUGUUUCUCAAAGUAGCUUAUGAGCUGGAACUACCACAGGAAAUGUCAUCCAUUCAUAAUGUAUUUCAUGUCUCAAUGCUGAAGAAGCAUGUUCCUAAUGCAAAACAAGUGAUUGAGCCACAGAUGAUACAUGUUCAAGAGGAUCUCAGUUAUGAAAAUCGACCUAUUCAGAUAAUUGAUUGGGAAGUAAAGAAACUGAGGAACAAAGAGAUACUAUUAGUGAAGGUGUUGUAG